AUGUCUACGCAAUUUGUAUCGAAUGUUGAAAACACCAUCAAUAGCCGGAUGAGAAGUGCUAGAGCAUAUACAGUUCGACGAUUUGCAUUUCACAUGUUCGACAUACUUACUGGGGGUGAUGAUCAAUACCAAAUGGACGAUCAUGACGAACCGGGACCUAUUGAUACAUCCGUGCUGACUGAGCAGCCACGACAUAGAUCUACAUUGAUCAGAGAGGAGAGAUAUUCUCCUGUUCAAUUUACGGAGCAUGGCCGUAAAUUGAACAGAUGGCAGUGCGAGCAUCCUGCGGUGUUGGAAUUAUUGCGACGAGCAGGAUUUUAUUACGUUUCACGAUUGCGUCGCCUACAGCUCGAUCAGUCGUUAUUGGGAGCAUUAGUCGAGAGGUGGCCGCGAGAAACACAGAGUUUCCAUUUGCGACAUGAAGAGAUGAGUAUUACAUUGAUGGACGUCGCAGUUAUUACGGGACUCCCCGUCGAUGGUAGGGCUGUGACUGGAGGGGGAUCCUAUCAGUGGGCAGAGCUCUGCGGGUUACUUCUCGGGGUGGUUUCGCAGGAUAUUAAGGGUGGUGAGAUCAAGAUAGACUGGUUAUAUCAGCAGUUCCAUGAUAUCCCCUUAGACGCACCUCCUGCUAUUGUUAGAGCUACGGCGAGAGCAUAUAUACUAUUUCAGAUAGGUUGUAGUCUGUUUCGAAAUUCAAGCGGGAAUAGGGUGCAUUUGAAAUGGUUGCCACAUCUAGAGGAUUUUGACCUUUGUGGUGGGUUGGCAUGGGGUGCAGCCGCGCUAGCUCAUCUUUAUCACGCCCUAGAAAAUGCUUGCCUCAGGGGAAAGGUCGAGUAUUGUUGUUUUGGGACAUUAGUUCAGAUAUGGGCAUUGGAUCACCUGCACAUAGGCCGCCCUGAGGUAGUAGGACCACAGCCUACGCUUGUCGACAUGCCUCUGGGGUGUCGGUAA